CUGAUCCCCAAGGAACGUGUGGAGACGGGGACGAAUGUCACCAUCCAGUGCAGCAACCAGAAAUAUAGGGGCACCAUCUUCCUGCACAAGGAUGGGCACUCAGCCCCUCUCCAGCACCAAAAACCCAACGGUGAGGGCACAGCCACCUUCACCCUCUUUGGGGUGACUGUAGCUGACUCUGGCACCUAUAGGUGCUCCUACCGCGCUGGGGGCUCUUACCGUCUGUCCUCAUGCCUUGGAGAUAAUGUGACCCUGGAAGUGAUUGCCAGAUCUGCACAUCCAGGUGACAAUGGGGGUCCCAGCUUGAACCUGGUGGCAGCGGUGUCUGGGAGUUGUGCUGCUGUGAUUGUCAUCAUUCUCAUCCUCAUAGUCUCAUUCCUCCUUGCUGCCCAGAGAAGACGAAUACAGAGAGAUGAGAGCCCUGGUGCCACCAGAAGCCCCGAGGCCGUGCAGUUCCAGGUCAGUGUCUGGGUCAGGGGACCCCUAACCCCAAGCU